AUGACCAAAAUUAUUUACGAAAUUACGGAAUUACAGAAUUACAGUGCUACAACUGUGACCAGAAUAAUUAAAAACUUCCAGGAGAGAGAUGGUGUUAAAGAGUUAUCAAAAAGUGGACGCCUUAAACAUUUGAGUGUUGACCAUAAGAAUGAGUUGAAGAAAAUUGUUAAAAAAGAAAAUCGUAAAUCUGCUGAAUAA